CAAACUCCUUUUUUAUCUCUCGUUCCCCUGGCCCUCUUCUCUAUAAAUAAAUACCCAAACCAAACCUCCGCAAAUCACUUCCAAAAAUUAGGGUUUCCUUUCGUUCCUACCAAAAUCAAUUCCAAUGGCCGCAGAAAACAAAUCGUUAGUUUUGAAGAGCUCUGAUGGCGAGACCUUUGAGGUAGAUGAGGCCGUCGCUCUCCAGUCCCAAACCAUAAAACAUAUGGUGGAGGACGAUUGCGCUGAUAACGCCAUCCCUUUGCCUAAUGUGACCAGUCAGAUCUUGUCUAAAGUGAUCGAGUAUUGUAAAAAGCACGUUGAAAACAAAGCUGACGAGGACAAGCCUGCUGAUGACGAUUUGAAAUCUUUUGAUGCUGAAUUCGUUAAAGUCGACCAGGGCACUCUCUUUGAUCUCAUCUUGGCUGCUAACUAUCUGAACAUUAAGAGUUUGCUGGACCUGACCUGCCAAACAGUGGCGGACAUGAUCAAAGGCAAGACCCCUGAGGAGAUUCGCAAGACGUUCAACAUCAAAAAUGACUUUACCCCUGAAGAAGAGGAGGAGGUUCGUCGUGAGAAUGCCUGGGCUUUUGAAUGAACUUAACUAAGGUCUUAAUAGUCUCAUUAGUGUAAAGCAUUGGCUUCUCGGUUCUUAUCUUAGGAAAUCUAGAAACUAUUUUAGGUCUGUCUUUUAUAUUUUUCGUAUGUGUUGAACUCUUGAUGGUUUUAAUGGCAACCCUUUAGUCUUCUUUUUCUUA